AUGUCCACUCCACUCCUCAAGCCCACCCCCAUCGUCCUCCUCCUCCUCCACCUCACCUUCUCCCUCCUUAUCCCGCCGGCGCUCUCCGUCGUGCCCGAAGAGUGCACCGCCGAGUCCGGCAGCUGCUUCGACAAGGCCAAGGCCCUCCCCCUCAAGAUCAUUGCCAUCGUCUCCAUCCUCGUCACGAGUUUGAUCGGUGUCUGCUCCCCGCUGUUCACCCGCUCGGUCCCGGCCCUCCACCCCGACCGCGACCUCUUCGUCAUCGUCAAGUGCUUCGCAGCGGGCAUCAUCCUCGCCACUGGGUUCAUGCACGUGCUGCCCGACUCCUUCGACAUGCUGUCCUCGCAGUGCUUGAAGGAGAACCCUUGGCACAAGUUCCCGUUCACCGGGUUCGUCGCCAUGCUGAGCGCCCUCGUGACACUGAUGGUCGACUCGAUGGCGACGAGUGUGUACAGCAGGAAGCACAACGUCGGCAUCAUACCCGAAAGCGAGCGCCACGAUGUCCAUCAGGAGAUGGGUGUGGUGACCGCGGCACAUUUGCAUAGCCACGGCCACGGCCAUGGCCACCGCCACCAUGGAGUGGCGGCAGCUGCGGCGAAGGUGGAGCCCACGAGUUCUCAGCUGCUUCGGUACAGGGUUGUUGCAAUGGUGCUGGAGCUAGGAAUAGUGGUACACUCAGUGGUGAUAGGGCUGGGAUUGGGAGCCUCGAGCAAUGUUUGCACCAUCAAGGGCCUUGUGGCUGCUCUUUGCUUCCAUCAAAUGUUUGAAGGCAUGGGUCUUGGCGGCUGCAUUCUUCAGGCAGAGUACAAGUGGUUGAAGAAGCUGGUGAUGGUGUUCUUCUUUGCGGCGACGACCCCGUUCGGGAUUGCGAUAGGGAUCGCGCUGUCGAGCACGUACCGGGAGAACAGCCCGAGCUCGCUCAUCACGGUCGGCCUGCUCAACGCGUCGUCAGCGGGGCUCCUGAUCUACAUGGCCCUGGUCGACCUCCUCGCCGCUGACUUCAUGGGGCCGAAGCUGCAGCACAGCAUCAAGCUCCAGAUCAAGUCCUGUGCGGCUGUGCUCCUGGGUGCUGGUGGCAUGUCUCUCAUGGCCAAAUGGGCUUGAGUUUAUACUGAUUUUCCUCAACGACAAAAUAUGUAACUUGGACGGAUUUUUCCGCCUUCUUUUCGCUUUUUGGUUUAUGCUUCUUGCUACAUGUGUGUUU